GGCGCGCGCAAGCGCAGAAGCCGCCGGAAGCGCGGUUUCGAGUCUUUCCUUCCCGGCUUUCUCCAUCUUCUCCCCGGACCCUGGUCACAGCCGCAAGUGACCCUUUCCCCACCCCAGGGGGGCGGUGGCAGGCGACCAUGGAGAACGCUGAGGGUGCUGACCCGAGCAGCCCGGAGCGGAGCAGUCCAGCCCAGGGGCCAGCCGAGAGCACCCCUCCGCAGGUGCCUGGGGCAGGGCAGGGGCAGCAGCUCCUGUACCACGAGGAGACCAUUGACCUCGGUGGGGACGAGUUUGGGUCUGAAGAGAACGAGCCCGUGUCGGAAGACUCUAGCCACUUCGGGGACAAGCUGAACGAGCACUUGAUGGAGAGCGUCCUCAUCUCCGACUCUCCCAGCAACAGCGAGGACGACGCGGGCGACCCAGGCUGUUUGCAGGACGUCAUGGAGCCCGCCGUAGGGACUGCAGGCCCCACGCUGGAGGACGUCAUAGACAAGGGAGCACUGGACACUCCAAGUGAUGACGUUGGAAGCGAUGGAGAGGACACACCCAGAGAUGUCUCGGACGUGACCCCCGACAGCAGAGCGUCGCUGAAGGAAGACCCAGAGCAAGAAGAAGUGGAAGACCUGCCCGCUUCAGAGAUGCCCGUGUGCACCAUCUUCAGCCAGCCACAGCCCGCCGGCUCCCAGCCCCCGUCCCUGCGCGAUGGCUUCGAGUCCCAGAUGGUGAAAUCUCCUAGUUUCAGCGGCGCGAGCGAGGCAGCGCCCAGGACCCCUCCGCAGGUGGUCCAGCCAAGCCCCAGCCUGAGUAAGUUUUUUGGAGAUACGGCCAGCACUAACUCCUUGGCCUCCGACUUCUUUGACUCCUUCACAACUUCCACGUUCAUCUCCGUCAGUAAUCCCAACGCCGGCUCUUCGGUUCCGGAAAACUUGUCUUCACUCGCUGCCACUCCGGGGGCAGAAAACUCCCCGGGCUCUGCUUCCUACUCCCCAGGGAUGGAAAGAUCAGAGUCUGGCAUUUCCACGGCUUCUCUAGAAAUUCCCCAGUCUCCAAAACCGUUUUCGCAGAUCCAGGCUGUGUUUGCAGGGAGCGAGGACCCCUUUGCCACCGCCCUGAGCAUGAGUGAGAUGGACCGCAGAAACGACGCCUGGCUUCCUGGGGAGGCGACGAGGAAGGUCCUGAUUUCAGUGGCAACCCAGCAGUACAGCACGGUGUUCGUGGACAAGGAGGACCUCACCAUGCCAGGCCUCAAGUUUGACAACAUCCAGGGAGAUGCAGUUAAAGACUUAAUGCUUCGCUUCCUGGGUGAAAAAGCUGCAGCAAAGAGACAGGUCCUCAGUGCCAGCUCGGUAGAACAGUCCCUGGUGGGGCUGAAGCAGCUCAUUAGCUGCCGGAACUGGAGAGCAGCGGUGGACCUGUGCGGGCGGCUCCUCACUGCCCACGGCCAGGGCUAUGGCAAGAGCGGGCUGCCCACCAGCCACACAGCCGACUCGCUGCAGCUCUGGUUUGUGAGGCUGGCGCUGCUGGUGAAGCUGGGCCUUUUCCAGAAUGCUGAGAUGGAGUUUGAGCCCUUUGGGAACCUCGACCAGCCAGAUCUCUACUAUGAGUACUACCCUCACGUGUACCCUGGGCGAAGGGGCUCCAUGGUGCCCUUCUCGAUGCGGAUCCUACACGCGGAGCUUCAGCAGUACCUGGGGAACCCUCAGGAGUCGCUGGACAGGCUGCACAGGGUGAAGGCCGUCUGCAGCAAGAUCCUCGCGAACCUGCAGCAGGGCCUGGCCGAGGACGGGAGCGCCAGCAGCCUCUCUCAGGAGAACAGACAAGCCUCCAUCCAGCUCUGGCGGUCCCGCCUGGGCCGCGUGAUGUGCUCCAUGGCCAACUGUCUGCUGCUCAUGAAGGACUACGUGCUGGCGGUGGACGCCUACCGCUCGGUCAUCCAGCACCACCCGGAGCAGGAGCCCCAGCUGCUGAGCUGCAUUGGCCGGAUCUUCCUUCAGAUUGGAGACAUAAAAACGGCUGAAAAGUAUUUUCAAGACGUAGAGAAAGUGACACAGAAAUUGGAUGGACUACAGGGUAAAAUAAUGGUUUUAAUGAACAGAGCUUUCCUUCACCUCGGUCAGAAUAACUUUGCCGAAGCCCACAGAUUCUUCACAGAAAUUCUAAGGAUCGAACCAACAAAUGCAGUGGCCAACAACAACGCCGCCGUGUGCCUGCUGUACCUGGGCAGACUCAAGGCCUCGCUGCGGCAGCUGGAGGCCAUGGUGCAGCAGGACCCCCGGCACUACCUGCACGAGAGCGUGCUCUUCAACCUGACCACCAUGUACGAGCUGGAGUCGUCCCGCAGCCUGCAGAAGAAGCAGGCCCUGCUCGAGGCGGUGGCCAGCAAGGAGGGGGACUGCUUCAACACGCAGUGCCUCAAGCUGGCCUAGGGCUCCAGCCUGUGCGCGCAGACACCGGCGCUAACGUGUGACCCAAUAAAAGCUCCCCCACCCGUGUCUGCGAGCGCGUCUUGAGAAGGCCGCGGCAGUCGGGCAGUUUGCCCGUGGGGUGAACACAGCAUGGGGGAGGGCAUCUCCCAUGGAGAAGUCUGGGACGCUUCGGGCCCUCCUGUUUACGCCAGGAAGCCGGUCUGCUUCAUGGACUAAUUCUGAACGUCCUCAGAGAAGCACUGAGCAAGGACACAGACAGCACUCUCGCUCGGUGCCUGGAUGUUCUGGAGGAGGAACACCUUAGGCCCCACCCAUCCUCCUCCUGCACCCCACAGCUGACUGCAUCCCUUCUGCUGCCCCGGUCCUUCUCCAGCCUGUGCCGACACCGUGGACCAGCCUGGUGGGGGUGGGGGGGAUUGCACAUCACAGGGAGCCGGGCUGGGUUAGGGUGGGGGGUGCAUCUGAGGCAGUCGGGAACAAAGGGUCUCCUAGUGCACAAAACAGGGUGAGCAUUGAAAGUGGGUGCAAGCAGUGUUUCCGAAACAUGGCCUCCACACCCUGCUUACUGAACUGAGACUUGAGGACAGUUUUGGAUGAAGUA